AUGAUAAAAUUUUUCCUCAUGGUGAAUAAACAAGGGCAGACCCGACUUUCUAAGUACUAUGAACAUGUGGAGAUUAAUAAGCGUACGCUUCUGGAAACAGAAGUCAUAAAGAGCUGUCUCUCUCGAUCCAAUGAACAGUGCUCUUUCAUUGAAUAUAAGGACUUUAAGCUGAUAUACCGGCAGUACGCAGCUCUCUUCAUUGUGGUUGGAGUUAAUGACACAGAGAACGAGAUGGCAAUUUAUGAAUUCAUCCAUAACUUUGUGGAAGUUUUAGAUGACUACUUCAGCCGAGUGAGUGAACUAGAUAUAAUGUUUAAUUUGGAUAAAGUACACAUCAUUUUGGAUGAGAUGGUAUUAAAUGGCUGCAUUGUGGAAACAAAUCGGGCAAGAAUUCUUGCCCCUCUGCUAAUUCUUGAUAAGAUGUCAGACAGCUGA